AUGAAGAUGCUCUAUGACCGUUUUGCGCCGCUCCUUCUUGGCACCUCACAGCUCUUUUUCUCUCGCGUUUCGUUGGCCCAGGAUGCCUCGACGUUGAAAUGGGGUCCUUGUGACUUGGAUCUUCCUGAGAAGUUGCUCAAGCCUGGCGAUUGCGCCACGAUUGAGGUUCCUUUGGACUAUACCAACCCAAGCUCCGACAAGACCGUUGAGCUCCAAUUGCUCCGGUACAACGCUACCAAAGAACCUUUCAAGGGUAGCGUUUUCUGGAACCCAGGUGGUCCUGGAAUCUCCGGUCUCGAGACGCUUGCUUAUCUCGGACAGGACUUUCGCGACAUCCUAGGUGGUCAUCACAACAUCAUCUCAUUCGACCCUCGAGGCACAGGUAGAACCAUCCCAUUUGUGUGUAAUGUAAACACUACAACCACCACAAAGUUUCGUAGGGGCAUCGAGGCUAUGCCCCAGGCUGAUCUCUGGGAAUACGUCAAGAACGAAGCCUGGGAGUCCAUGCAGAAAGUCGCCGAGGCCUGCUACGAGACCCAGAAAGAGAAUGGUCGCUUCCUCAGCACUGCUUUCACUGCACGCGACAUGAUGAGGAUGGUCGAUGCACUUGGAGAAGAUGGAAAAUUGAGAUUUUGGGGUAUCUCUUACGGUACUAUCCUCGGACAAGUUGCUGCGUCCUUGUUCCCUGAUCGCAUUGACCGCCUUCUUCUUGACUCCAACUCUCUUGCAGAUGCGUACUUCACUUCAACCGGUAUUGGAGGCCCCAAGGACGCUGAGAAGUCCUUGGUGCAUCUUUUCACUGAAUGUGUCGAGCUUGAUACUGAUGUUUGUCGACUGGCCAACUAUUCCGGAAGCAAGACUACAGUUGAAGACUUGCGUGACGCGACAGUCGAUCUCUUUCAGAAGCUAAAGGACAUGAAAGACCUUCCAGAAGGUCUUUCAUCUGCCGAUUACCCUUAUGCUGGUAACUCUAUUCUGAAGGCGUUGAAGAAUGCCAUCAUGAACCUUCUUUCCAGUCCUUUUAACUACUCAACCGUGGCGGAGCUCCUCUCAUAUGCAUUCGAUGGAGACUACAAGAAGGCCCUGAGCCUGUACAAAGAGGACGUCUCGGAGUGGAACCUGGGUAAAAACUCGUUCCAAGGAAUUGCAUGCUCUGAGACGUCCCUCCGAGUCAAGUCACCAGAGGAUCUUUUCUCUCUCUACCAGGCGCACCUUGCUGAGAGUACCUUUGGCGAUGCUAUUGCUGCUGACUACAUGGCCUGUGGUGCUUGGAAGUUUGAUGCCGCAGAGGGCGUUGACACAAACACUCUUCGAAACAUCAAGACCAGCUUCCCAGUUUUUGUUGUCAACAAUGCAUACGAUCCCAUCACUUCUCUCAGCCAUGCAUACCAGGUCUCCUCCAGAUUUAGGGAUAGCAGAGUGUUGGUGAAUGAGGGCGUUGGUCAUGGUGUGACAUCGCAUUCGUCCACUUGUCUUCUCAAAGCUAUCUCAUCUUACUUCAUUGAUGGCACCCUCCCCGAGGUUGGCGCGACAUGCAAGCCUGAAGAGGGAGCGUUUGAGUACGCUCUGUCGCGCUCAUGA